GACAAACACCCCACCCACCACCCAAAAAAAAAAAGUUCAACUGUGCCCAUGGACAUCCACCAAGUUCUUAGAAUGAAUGAAGGAGAUGGUGAAACCAGCUACGCGAAUAACUCGUCACCUCAGAGAUCACUGAUGUUGAAGACGAAACCAUACAUUCGCAAAUCGAUUCAAGAGUUCUUCUCCUCUUGCAACAUGAAGCCAAAGAGUCUCAGCGUCGCAAACUUGGGAUGCGGUACGGGACCCAACUCCCUUGUGCCCGUGACGAUUUUCCUGGACGUCGUGCACGACUGCUCGCAAAGAUUUGGAUGCCCCUGCCCAGAGCUCCAAGUAUUCUUGAAUGAUCUCCCGAGUAACGACUUCAACACAAUCUUCAAGAACAUUCCUUCGUUCUAUAAGAAGAUCGUAGAAGGGAAAGGAGAUGGGUUUUCUGGAUUAUGCUUAGUAUCAGCAGUUCCUGGAUCGUUCUACCGGAGGCUCUUCCAGAGUGAGAGCUUGCACUUUGUUUACUGUGCUAAUAGCCUACAUUGGAUCUCCCAGGUCCCUCCAUUGCUUAGUGAAAUGACAGAUAUUAACAAGGGCAAUAUAUGUUACGGGAAAAACAGUCCGUAUAUUGUAUUUGAGGCGUAUCUGUUGCAAUUUCAACGAGAUUUGACGCAUUUUCUCAAAUCAAGAUCUGAGGAGAUAAUUGCUGGAGGGUGCAUGGUUCUUGAGCUACCGGGGAGGAAAACCUUAGAUCCUUACACAAAUGAAUGCUAUUACCAUUUUGACGAUUUAGCUCUUGCUAUGAGGGACUUAGUUGAAGAGGGUAUCAUGGAAGAAGAGAAGAUGAGUUCCUUCUGGUUGCCAUACUACGCACCUCACAUAGACGAAUUCAAGGAAGUUAUCAGAGCCGAAGGGUCCUUUAGAAUCAUCCGGUGUGAAGAAAUAUUGUGGUCUACCGCAGCUAAUUUCUACGAUAAAACGUUGAGAAAGAUGAUAGAUCCGAACUUUGGCGCAAGGGUCAAAGAUUUAGAUUGGCUCGAGACUUGA